UAGGACACCUCAUCCCAAAAGACCUUUAAAUAGGGGAAGUCCACUUGUGCACGGCUGCUCCUUGCUACAGAAGACCUGGGACAGAGGACUGCUGUCUGCCCUCUCUGGUCGCCCUGCCUGCCUAGCUAGAGGAGCUGUGACCCCAACCAUGAGGACCCUCGUCAUCCUUGCUGCCAUUCUCCUGGUGGCCCUGCAGGCCCAGGCUGAGCCACUCCAGGCAAGAACUGACGAGGCUACUGCAGCCCAGGAGCAGAUUCCAGCAGACAACCCAGAAGUGGUUAUUUCCUUUGCCUGGGAUGAAAGCUUGGCUCCAAAGGAUUCAGUCCCAGGCUUAAGGAAAAACAUGGCCUGCUACUGCAGAAUACCAGUGUGCCUUGCAGGAGAACGUCGCUAUGGAACCUGCUUCUACCUGGGAAGAGUCUGGGCAUUCUGCUGCUGAGCUUGCAAAAAAAAAAAAAAAAGAAAAAUGAGCUCAAAAUUGGCUUCGAGAGGUAUAGGGAAUUGCUAUCAACUCCUGUACCUUCUGCUGAAUUUCCUUUCCUCAUCCAAAAUAAAUGCCUUGUAACAAGA